UACCAGUUUCCAAAAAAAAAAAAAAAAAGUUUGUUUGUACCAGCCAUUAACGACCUAGACUUUUACCUCCAAUUACCCACCAUCUCUGCAAUUUCACUCACCUUCCCUGUUCCCUCUCCUCUCCUCUCCUCUCCUCUCUUCCACAUAAACCCUAGAUCCACACACACCUACCUACACGCGGGCACCGGUAAUUUACAGUUGCAUAUUCAAUAAGAACAUCAGAGGCUCGCAAUGGGUUGCUCAGCCUCCCUUCCAGAUAGGAGUUCUGGGCUGUUGGCCGGGCCAAAUUCCGAAAACGGUGGAGCUUCUGAUGCCAAAAAUCUACGCGUAAAGCUAGUAUUGUUGGGCGACUCUGGUGUUGGUAAAAGCUGUAUUGUUCUGCGUUUUGUUCGUGGUCAGUUUGACCCCACAUCCAAGGUGACUGUUGGAGCUUCAUUCUUGUCGCAGACAAUAGCUUUGCAAGAUUCUACAACAGUUAAAUUUGAAAUAUGGGACACUGCAGGACAAGAGAGGUAUGCUGCAUUGGCCCCACUUUAUUAUCGUGGUGCUGCAGUUGCAGUUAUUGUGUAUGAUAUAACAAGUCCUGAUUCUUUCAACAAAGCGCAGUAUUGGGUUAAGGAGCUACAGAAACAUGGGAGCCCUGAUAUUGUCUUGGCCUUGGUCGGUAACAAAGCUGAUCUUCAUGAGAAACGUGAAGUUCCUGUUCAAGAGGGAAUUGAAUACGCUGAAAAGAAUGGAAUGUUCUUUAACGAGACAUCUGCAAAGACAGCAGAUAAUAUUAAUCAGCUGUUUGAGGAAAUUGCCAAGCGACUACCCCGUCCAGCCCCUUCAUCAACUUAGCAGAAUCCAUGAAAGCCGAUUCACUAAGGAACUUGUUCAUGCUAUAAGGUCUGGUUUGGUAUUGCUGUGCUUUGAAAAAAAGCUGCUUCUGCUGUGCUGUGAGAAUAAGCAGCUGUGAAAUAAAGCAACAGAGUGUUUGGUAAACUUUUUUGUAAAAGUGCUUUUGAAAAAAAAA